CAAACACUCAUUACAAAUCCAUAAUAUCCUCCAUAAUCCUCACAAAAUGGCGGACAGAGGUACAUUCCUCCCAUCCCCUCUUCAAUUCCCCUUUUCCCCUCCAAGUCCAAACCCCAAAACCCCAAGCAAUAUAAAAAACUAACCCCACCACCACAGAACCAACCCCUCAAGAAGAAGCCGCCGCCCGCGCCCGCGAAGCAGAAGAACAAGCCGCGCUCCCCUACAAAUGGACGCAAACGAUCGGGGACCUUGAUAUCACGGUCGAGAUCCCGGGACAUCUCAAGGGUAAAGAUUUGAAUGUGGAAAUCAAGAAGACGAGUCUACUGCUACAGAUCAAAGGCCAGGAGCCGAUUAUAAAAGUAUACUCUUCCCUUCCCUUCCCUUCCCUUCCCUUCCCUCACAAUCCCCUUCCUUCACACAACGACUAAACAAAAAACAACAGGGCACACUCCCCCACCCCAUCCAGCCCUCCGACUCAACAUGGACCCUCACCACCUCACCAUCCGGCAACAAAGUCCUCGAGCUGCAUCUGGACAAGAGCAACAAGAUGGAAUGGUGGGCGUGCGUGAUCGUCGGCGCGCCCAAGAUCGACGUCACCAAGAUCACGCCCGAGAGCAGUAAGCUGGGUGAUUUGGACGGCGAGACGAGGGGUAUGGUCGAGAAGAUGAUGUUUGAUCAGCGGCAGAAGGAGAUGGGGCGACCGACGAGUGAUGAGCAGAAGAAGGUGGAUAUGUUGGAGAAUUUUAAGAAGCAGGUAUGUGUUCUUUUUUUCUUUUUGCUUUUUGCUUGGGUUUUUGGAGGGGGUGGUCUUCUUGGGGGGUUCGGUGGGGUGGGAUGUGGGUGGUUUGGGUUGUGGAGGGGAAGAUGGGGAAAAAGCGAGGAGGCUUCAAGUUAAGAGUAGAGGGCUGAUUGUUUUUUAGCAUCCGGAAAUGGAUUUCAGUAAGGUCAAGAUGGGUUGAGGUGGGUGUGUUGGGAUUUGGGAUCAAGAACAUCAUAAAGAAGGUGUUUACGAAGAUAUGAUGUUCAGGACGAGUCAAGGAAUUGGCAAUAAAAGAAAUGAUAUCCUAGCCAUUCCAAUACAAUCACA